GUUUACUCACUCGAUCCGGUUGAUGUCUACAUGUAUAUAGGUUUUAAAAAGUUUUCUAGUUCGUAAAAAUGACUUUUGAUUUUGAUUUUAAAGUUCCCAAAGUUUUGAAGUCUGUGAAAUACUCGUUGGCGGCUGUAAAUGGAGUGUUUUUGCUGACUGGUUUCGUGCUGAUCAUCGUGGGCAUAACAUCAUUGGUGUCAUUCUCCCAAUAUGAACCACUUCUCACGUACAGGUUCUUCAACGUACCAAGCUUUGUGAUAUCCACCGGAGUGAUCAUAAUCCUGGGAUCAGCGCUCGGAUUCUAUAGUGCUAUAUCACAAAAGUUUUAUUUUGUUGCUGGGUAUGUGGUGCUUCUACUGGUGGUGCUGAUCUUCGAGAUCUCCAUGAUCAUCACUGCCUUCAACCUCACCAAGCAUGUGCUGUCUGAGAUCCGCCCUGUUAUGGCUCAGUCCCGAUUGACAUACGGAACCAAUAUCAACGUCAACAUGUUGUGGGACAAUCUUCAAAUGGAUUUCAAAUGCUGUGGCGUUGGUGGACCAGGAGACUACCAAUUGACUCAGAUACCAGUCUCAUGUUGCUACAUAGAGUACGGCACGGUAUCUCCUUUCGAAUGUGGAGCCAAUGCGUACAAGGAUGGCUGUGCGGUUCCCCUGGCCGAAUGGCUGUCCUUCAAGACUAAUGUUAUAGCUGUGACUGCCGUGGUACUCUGUUGUGUGCAGAUCACUGGUAUUAUAAUUCUGUCGGUUGGCGCAUCUGUGCAGUCAGCUUACAAUGGAUACCACCAGUUCCUAUCAGAGAGAUUCUUCUCUCUACCGUCUUUCUGCAUUGCGACCGGUAUCAUCAUCUUCCUGGUCGCGUUCCUCGGAUUCUAUGGAGCCUACAUGGAGAAUUACAUAGUGAUUAUGACUUUCGCGGGUGCCAUGAUCCUGAUGUUCAUCUUCCAACUGUCUGCCUGUAUUGCUGGGUACGCUCUAAAGGGCAACGCCGUUUCCUUGGUCCAGCACAAACUGCUAGAGACUAUGGACAUGUACGGUCUCAACAAAAGCAUCGAAGUUACUAAGCUGUGGGACACUGUGCAACAAGAUUUUCAGUGCUGUGGCGUCAUUAACGCCAGCCAGUGGUUAAUACCACUGAACACAGUUGAGACCCAAGGCUUGCCAGUCAGCUGCUGCAGUCAGAACUAUGGCUUAGUGUCCGUCCUCAACUGCAACAUCGGUAUGCAGUCAGCCUACACAACAGGCUGUUCUGACUCCUUUGGCAGUUGGGUUCGAUCUCAUGCUGCUGCUAUCGGCGUAGCUGGAAUAUUCUUAGUUUUCAUGCAGGUCGGCAACGCACUCGUAACUCCUCCGCUGUUGCGAGUAUUCCUGGGCGGCGCGGCGCUGAUUGCUCACCAUCAGUUAACUUCCGCGCUAAUAAUCUCAGUGGGCACAACAAUCUACGCGAUCUACCACGAUGUCUCCUUCUUCCUUGAAGACCGGUUCUUCUCUCCGGCCAGCUUCGUCAUCGCCAUCGGGAUCAUCAUGCUGUUCGUCUCCUUAUUCGGAUGCAUCGGUGCACUGAAGGAGAGCACCUGCUUGGUCAAUAUUUUUGCAGUCAUCCUCAGUCUGGUAUUCGUCCUGGAGAUCGCAGCAGCCAUCGCAGCGUACAGCCUCCGGUCACAGGUGACCGGUAUGCUGGACGAGAAUCUGAGGUCCACACUGCCAUCCUACUACUACAACGAAGAAGUCCGAGGGUCCUAUGACUUCAUUCAGAGCAGGCUGAGCUGCUGCGGUGUAGACAGCUACGUUGACUGGAGCGUAGUGUCUCCCCCCACUGGAGUGUCAGCCAUUUCCAUUAACAACAUCACCGUCCCCAACUCCUGCUGUGCCGAGUCCCGUUACGACAUCGUCGAUGGCAUUGAGGUCGAUGUCUGCACGAAGGUCUAUGUCAACGGAUGCCUCCCAAGAAUGUUCUACUUGGUCUACCAGAGCGCUGGACUUUUGGGCGCCGGAGCCAUGACUAUUGCUUUCAUUCAGAUUAUCGGCAUUGUGUUCUCAUUCUCGCUGGCCAGUUCCAUCCGUAAAGCGAAGUCCGAACGCGAACGCAGACGGUGGGAAAUCCAGGAACGAAUGAUCAAUGCUUACACCUCGCUCAACCCUAGCGAUGAGAAAAAAGCACCCGUUGUCUAUGUCCCGUUCCAUGGACAAACUACGGCUUAAGAGGCUGUAAGAGUGUUACCUUGUCCUGAUCCUACAAAUAUUUAAAAAUAGACUUUCUAAAUUUCGCGCCCAAAUUGCGUAAUGAUUACUUUUGAAAUGUAAUGUAAUUAAAUCAGUUAAUUUAUCAAAAGCGU